GUUUGGAGGCCAAAAACUAAUUUACUAAAACUUGUGGGGAGCCAUUCUGAGAAUUCUCCAAACUAAUAACUUCAGAAAGCGGGUUUUAACGAUAGAACUGCGAAACACAGUCCCAGAUCUCUUGCCAGAUUUACUGGCGGCAUUAAUCUUCAUCCGCCAAAUUUUGAGACUUCCUUCCUACUUCACCGUACCGAAUACCAGAUCGGAACCCUAAUCGAGAGUUCCGAUUCCAAUCCAAUUCCGCCAGGUUGCCCAAAUCGAAUACCGACAAUGGAAUCGUCUGAUAUUCAAUCAGACGAUACUGCAUCACCGGUCGCCAGUCUACUCCCACUCGCUUCCGCCUCACAGCAGCCAUACGUCUCUGAACUCCUCUCUUUCACCCUCGAUCGCCUCCACAAGGUUUCCCCCCUCUUCCUAAUACUUUUGAUGGUAAUGCGUGAACAAUCACAAUGUGAUCCCAAUUUAUAUAAUUGUUUGUUAAUCAGGAGCCGGAGCUGUUGAGAGUCGAUGCUGAAAGAAUACGGCGGCAGAUGCAAGAGGUGGCGGUGGCCAACUACCGCGCUUUCAUCUCUUCAGCUGAUGCAUUGCUUUCUAUGAAAGAAGAAGUUUCUUCAAUUGAUAAACACCUUGAGUCUUUGGUAAUUUUACCAUCUUUAGAUUUAAUUUUAUUCUCCGCCUAGUUCACGUCUUUACAUUCCCUUUACAUAUCAUCCGCUGCUAAUUUUUGUUCUUGGUUGUUGUAAGUCGCUUAUUGUUAACUUUUAAGUUCAGCAACCUGAGAAUGGAAUUUUUUUUUUAUUAUUUUUUUUUUUGGGUUGACUUUGAGGAGAAUUGAAUUUGUAAGGUAAUAUUGAGUAGUACACUAAUUGAGUUUGGUGAUUUGUUUAGUAGAGUUAGGUUGCAUAAUGUGACUCUUAAGUAAUUUGUAGGAGUCCUGACGGAAAAAUAUGUAAUGUUGAAUUGCUAAUGUCAUAUAAAGGAGUAGGCAGAAGGUACUAUUUGAACUUUAGGCAGAAGGUUUUAAUGAGCAUGAAGAUUGGGGGCUACCCUUGCCCUCCUGGACAUAGGAACUGGUCUCUGCUCGAAUUUCUUUAGUUUUCUGAUGGAAAGUGCAGAAGGAAAAAGGCAGAUGACUAGGGGAAGGGGAGGGGAUGACGUGGGAUUAUUCUUGAUUGGAAUUAAAUCAUUUCUUGAAGAGCGAAUAAGUUUGCUCUACAACCAUUAAGACAGUCUAGAUACUGAUAUAUGUAGUCAAAGAGAUUUCAUUAUCUCUCUCCAUCUGAAUCUUGUGAACUCCAACUCCUUGUUCACGGUUAAAUGUGAUAUAGCCUCAGAUUAGCGUUAUUCUCCACAAAAUGUAUGCUACUUGAACUCGGUUUUGAUUGAAUACAUGUAUGUAUAUUGGUUUUGGUAAGACCAAGCUGCACAUGCCAUAUAUAAAUUUAUCUGUCUAUCUUGUUUGUCAGAUAACAGAAAUACCAAAAUUAACUUCUGGUUGCUCGGAGUUUGUGGACUCUGCGGAGCAGAUUCUGGAGAAGAGGAGAAAGAAUCAAAUUCUUCUGGCAAACCAUAGUACUUUGCUGGAUUUGCUUGAAAUUCCUCAACUUAUGGAUACGUAUGUCUUUUGGCAAUGUUGUAAGAAUCACAUGCUAAAUUAAAAGGAUCUGAAUAACGAAUAUACUGGUUAUAUUCCACUAUGCGAAUUGCUUUUGUAUUUUGUGGAAAUGCUUUUGGGGUUAAUAGAGGGAUGAAAUUAUUAUAUGUUUAUUCCAUAAUGAUACAAGGAAAACCACAGAAUUGGGGAGAUAGAGAAUGUGAUUGCUUAAUGCUUCUUUAUGUAACAUGAUUCUGUUAGUCACGGAUUAUGUUUCCUUCGAAAAAGUGAUCGUUCUUUUGUCUGAACUGAAACUUUGGAGUUUUACUAGAUUUCAAUUCUAGGAAUCUAAAAUCAGUUUUUUAUUUGAUGAAAACAUUUCAAAUUUGAACCUUAAGGAAGCAUUUAAAUGCGCUUUUCUUAAUCGCUGAAGAAUUACCCCGGCUGUUCGCCCUGUGAUGUUGAAAGAAUCUAUGCGCACUUGUUCUUGUUAAUUUCUUAAACAUGUUACAGCAUGGAGCUUAGUGAGUAAUUAUUUCAUCAAAUAAAAUAAACAAAGGAAGAAUAUUGUGAUUCAUUGUACAAAUAGUAUUCACCAAAAUAACAUUGGAAAUAGAUACUCGUGUAGAUGUUUAUUGCUUGUUUGAUUUUUGUUAUUCCUUCAGUUCUCUUUUUCCAGUCAGGGUAGAGGGAGAGGGGAAGGUUGAGGUGAUUAUUUGCUUCCGGACAUGCAUGUUUACCUAUUCUUUAUUUUACUAUUAUCUGCUUUACUACCUUUUUUAGAUGAAGUUGAAACAUCUUCAUAGAACCCCAUGCAUUUGGGAGCUUAUAUGUACCAAGCUGCCUUUUUUAAAGUAUCUUUCUAUCAUUUGUAGAUGUGUACGUAAUGGAAAUUAUGAUGAAGCGCUCGACCUAGAAGCAUAUGUUGCUAAAUUAUCGGCAAUGCACCCUAAAUUACCAGUUAUUCAGGCAUUAGCUGCUGAAGUUCGGAAGACUACCCAAUCUCUAUUAUCUCAACUCCUGCAAAAACUGAGGUCAAAUAUUCAGGUGCCAGAGUGUCUCCGCAUAAUUGGGUACUUGCGGCGAAUAGGAGUAUAUAGCGAGUAUGAAAUGCGACUCCAGUUCUUAAGAUGCCGUGAGACUUGGCUAAAUGGAAUCCUUGACGAAUUAGACCAGAGAAAUGCUUAUGAGUAUGUAAGGGGGAUGAUAAGUUGCCACAGAACACAUCUUUUUGAUGUUGUUACCCAGUACCGGUCCACAUUUGCUGAUCUUACAUCAGAAAGUGAAGAAAACCAUGAUGGCGGACUUCUCUUUAGUUGGGCCAUGCAUCAAAUUUCCUUCCAGCUUAAAACUCUGAAGAUCAUGCUACCGAAGAUAACUGAAGGAACAGCUUUAUCCAAUACUCUGGAAACGUGCAUGUAUAAUGCUAUGGGACUUGGUGGAGUUGGAUUGGAUUUCCGUGGCUUACUUCCACCGCUUUUUGAAGAGGCUGUUCUUAAUUUAUUCUCAAAAAACAUGAACACUGCUGUUCAGCAUUUUCAGCUAGUUCUGGAAUCUCAUCGCUGGGUCCCGCUACCAGGCUUCCCUCCCAGCUCUAGUGGAGAAGAAACACGGGAUGAUAUCACUCCUCCGUCAAAUCUGAUGGACCAUCCACCACUAGCAGUGUUUAUUAAUGGUGUUUAUACAGCAAUGAAUGAGCUACGUCCGUGUGCACCGUUAAGUUUGAAGGGGGUUCUUGCUCAAGAACUAGUUAAAGGGUUGCUUGAUGUGUCCAAUAUGCUACUGGCAUACAAUACAACUCGGAUGCUCAGAGAUAAUGAAUCUGUACUCUUCCUUGCUCUUUGUAGAGCAUUCCUUGAGGUUGUUUUCCCGCACUGUGCCAUGUGCUUUGGCCAUUGUUACCAAGGUGGAGCCUGUUUGAUCACAGAUGCCAAGGGCUCGUUUGAGGGAUUAAGCAGUCUGGUUGCUAAAUCUCCCGCUAGAGAUAUACCUAAACCUCUUCCCAGUGCAGAAGCAAAGAAUGUAGUAGAAAAUGGCAGUCUACCUUCCUUGGAGAAUGGAGCAUCGGUUAAUAUUGAACGAUCAGGGAGUGCCAACAUGGCGGCACCGCCAAACAGCAUAUCUCCAGAAGAUGUAGAAAAGAUUACCAGAACAUCUAGUGUAUGAGUAGUUACUCGGGUUUAUAUACACUUGAAAGUUUAAGAAGCCCCCGCACCUGAUAUUGCAGUGCAUAUAGCCCAGGACUUAAGUCAUUUCGCCCUCACCUUGGUCUCAUUCUUUUUCUGGUUAGACUUUGAUGCUACCAAUGAUAAUGAUAUAUAAGUGAAUAUGUUUUGACAUCAUGAGAGAGAUUAUACCAUGACCUUCGGGGAUUACAGUGGUGACAAUUCUUUUUGUACGUAGGAGGAAAGUGCUGUAGACAUGCAUCGGAAUGAACUAUAUUUGAGGGAGUUCUUUGUAACCAUAUUCAUCUGAUAGUUGAAAGGAAAACUGCUUCUUAUGAAUUUUUGCUCUAACACUAUUAUUCUAAUUUAUCAUCAUGCUGCUAAAACUUCACCGUGAUACAUCGCAUUUUGUUUUUUUUUGAGAGUAAAAAUACAUCGCAGUUCAACCUUCAUUCUACUUCCGAUUGUUUAGGUUUUCAACUUUCGUAGUACUUUUGUGCCGGAGUGAUACUUCAUUUUUUGUCUUAUUUUUACGAUAACAGAUGAAAUAAUUAUUUUGAGAUAGAGUGAGUGUUACGGUACAGCAUCCAAGGUCCUUGGAGAAAAUAUUUUUUUGAAUUGUGACAGUACCCUAAUGGGUGAUAAACU